AUGUCGAGUCCUGUUGAUGGACCUAUGUUGCCAGCGUCUGGAAAUAUGAGCCAAUGUCCUGACAUACCCAUGACCGAAAAUAAUGAAGAUGACGAGGACGAAAGAACUAUUCAAAAUCUUGAAGAGGAGCUCAGAAGAAUCAAAGAGAAGAAAAAGGCCAACAAAACUGCUGUACGUGACACUAUUUCUGCAGUUCGGGUUGAGCCACCCAAGUCUUUGGUUCUCAAUACCACUCUGGGAGCAAAAUGUCCUUUAAUAGAUGCUGUGGCUACAUUGAGUUCUUCUUCUUUUUUAUAA